AUGGCGAGGGGAAUCCGGUGUUUUUUAUGUUAUUUUUUGUACUGUUUAUCGUACAUCAUCUGCAUUCGACCACGAGCGCACGCGUCAGACAACCUGCCGCUGUGUCAAGAGACAGACUACUACUAUGAGUACACAGAGUGUGACAGCACAGGCUCACGGUGGAGAGUGGCUAUUCCUCAGAGACAGGGCAGCUGCAGUGGCCUGCCCGAGCCAGUUAGAGGCACUGACUGUACAUUCUCCUGUGAAGCAGGAGAAUUUUUAGAGAUGUCAACCCAACAGUGCACAGCCUGUGCAGCUGGUUCCUAUUCACUGGGCAGUGGUGUGCGAUUUGACCAAUGGGACUCCAUCCCCUCUGGAUUCAGCAGCGUAGCAACCUUUAUGGAUACAGGAAGCCUCGCAGAGGAGACACAGACCUGCAACCGGUCUUCCUGGACACCUCAGGGGACUCAUUUGGAAUCAAACCGUGAUGAGUGUACAGUGUCACUCGUGUAUGCUGUACACCUGAUGAAGCAGGGAUCCGUUUCCUUUGACUACCAGUACACUGACAACAAUAUCUUCUUUGAGUUUUUUAUUCAAAAUGACCAAUGUCAGGAGAUGGACCAGACAGCUGAGCAGAAAUGGAUCAAACCAACAUCCAAUGGAGAAUGGGCCACACACAUGGUGAAUCUGAAGUCUGGCACUAAUAUUCUGUACUGGAGGACAACAGGCAUCUUGCUGAGUGGGAAGGCAGUGAAGCCAGUCCUCAUAAAGAACAUCCAGAUAGAGGGUGUGGCAUACACAUCUGAGUGUUUCCCCUGCAGACCAGGCACCUUCAGUAAGGUCCCAGGAUCCUCAUCCUGUGACCUUUGCCUGAGAAACACUUACUCUGCUAAAGGAGCCAGUUCCUGUACAUCAUGCCCAGAGAACCAGUACUCUGAGGAAGGCUGGGCAGAGUGUAAAGAGAGACCACCCUGCACAGAAAAAGACUACUUCCAGAUUCACACACCCUGCGACAGUGAUGGCAAGACCCAGACGCUAUACCGCUGGGUGGAGCCUAAAGUGUGUUUGGAGAAUGUAACAGGUGCAGUGUCAUUACCCCCUUCUGGAGAGAGAGAGGACUGCCCACCCUGCAACCCUGGCUUCUACACACACAACUCAUCAACCUGUCUGCCUUGUCCACCUGGAACAUUCUCUGAUGGCACAGCAGAUUGCAAACCAUGUCCAGCAGGCACAGAACCAUCGCUAGGAUACCAGUACAAAUGGUGGAAUGUUCUGCCUAGUAACAUUAAGACUUCCUGCUUCAAUGUGGGCAACUCCAAGUGUGAUGAUAUGAACGGUUGGGAGGUUGCCGGUGACCAUAUUCGCAGUAGCAUUGGAGGGUCAGACAAUGAUUAUCUGAUCCUAAACCUUCGGGUUCCUGGAUUCAAACUCCCCACGUCUGUAGCUGGAAUGACUCCAAGUGAGUUUGGUAGGAUAACUUUUGUCUUUGAGACCAUCUGCAGUGCCGACUGUGAACUCUAUUUCAUGAUGGACGUGAACAGGAAAAGUACUAAUGUGGUGGAGUCAUGGGAGGGCAGUAAGAGUAGACAGUCCUACACACACAUCAUGACCAAGAAUGCUUCUGUGUCAUUUACAUGGGCUUUCCAACGCACCAACAAGGCUUCAGAUGCACGUCAGUAUGUGAAUGAUGUGGUGAAGAUAUACUCUAUCACAGUGACUAAUGCUUUGGAUGGCGUGGCCUCCUCGUGCCAUGCGUGUGCUCUGGUCAGUGGGCAGACGGGCUCUUCCUGUGUGCCUUGUCCAGCUGGCCACUACAUCGACACAGACACAAACCAGUGCCAGGAAUGCCCACCCAACACCUUCCUGUCCGGGCACCAUAUCUAUGGCCGAGAUGCCUGCCAACCCUGUGGACCUGGCAGCAAAAGUAAUAAGGAACAUUCAGUGUGUUUCAGUGACUGUUCAUUCUCACACGUGGAUCAAAACCGAACUUUGACCUAUGACUUCAGAGCCCUGAGUUCAGUGGGGUCAAUCAUGAACGGGCCUAGUUUCACCUCCAAGGGCACGAAAUACUACCACCAAUUUAACAUCAGUUUAUGUGGAACUGAGGGAAGGAAAGAAGCCAUAUGCACGGAUAAUGUGACUGACCUAUCCAAUAAGGACCUGCAGAGUGAAUCUGCUGACUUUACCAAUUAUGUUGAAACUUUUGUCUGUCAAUCAACCAUCAUCCCAGCCGAUGGGCGGGGCUUCAGAGCUGCACUGUCUUCUCAGUCCAUCAGUCUGGCUGACACCUUCUUGGGAGCUACAGUGGAUAAAAGUCUAGAUGGAGUGAGUGUGAGGCCAGACCUCUUCCGUGAAUCACCACAUAAAGUUCCAGAUGUGCACUUUUUUUAUCGCUCGCCCCAGGUGACAGCGUCCUGUGAGGGUGGUCGUGCUGCGGUCAUAACACUGCGCUGUAAUCCUGAGAGGAGUGAGCGUGGGGAACUGACAGUGCCAAGUGCGUGUCCUGCGGGCACAUGUGAUGGCUGUACCUUUCAUUUCCUGUGGGAGAGUUCCAGUGCCUGUCCCAUCUGCACUGAAGAAGACUUCCACACUAUAGAGGGAGCAUGCAAAGGAGGAGUGCAGGAAACCCUACAUGUUUGGAAUGAGCCAAAGCUUUGUACUAAAGGGAUGUCACUUCCCGCCAAAACCUCUGCCCCCUGUGAAGCUAUUGCACUAUGGUUGAAAUUUGGAAUAGGGGGCGGGGCGUUCAUGGCUGUUCUCCUCAUCUUCCUCACAUGCUACUUCUGGAAAAAGAAUAAAAGACUGGAGUAUAAAUAUUCUCGGCUGGUUAUGUCGACCAAUAAGGACUGCGAACUGCCGGCAGCAGACAGCUGUGCACUUGAUGAGGGGGAGGAAAAUGAAGAUGAUGUAGUUUACUCCAACACUCCAUCGCUACUGGGCAAACUGAAGGCCAUCGCCAGCAAGGGUGACCGGAAUGACAGUGAGUCCGUCCAACUGAAGUCAUCUAAAGCAGAGAGAUGGGUUUGGGGAUAA